GUCGAAUACUGCCUAAGAUACCCGAGUGAUUCCCAAAUCGUUCGAAAAUCGUUGAAAGCGAGCGAAAUGUUUCAAAAUGUAAACAAAGUGCAGAAAAUGUGAUGAUUAGAAGCGGCACAAAUGUGAUUGUGUUUCAAUUUUCGAUUAUUAAUUAGUCGUAUUAAACUUUAAAACACUUCGAAACGAAAUGAAUUCGAUAUUCAGAUUGCCAUUUCCGAACCGCUACUCUGAACUAACCGAAUACAUAGAUAAAAGCGCCGUAAAAGAAUUAGAAAACCUAUAUCCGGAUUUAAUUACCGAAAUUUUCAACGUAAAUAUCCAGAGUAACUGGGGUCUACGAACUUUGAAACCCGAUACGAAUUACAGCUCGUUUCACGCAGUUUAUAACUUUCUGUCGCCCAAUGGACCGAUAUUCAAGCUGUGUUAUAAACUGUUAUUAGACUGCCAUUUGAGAUACGAAUUUCCCUACCAAUAUUUACCGACGACAGUUCGUAAUAGGCUCGAAGAUAACAAUGAUACUUCGCUGUACAAACAGAAGCUACUGUCAAGAUCCAAAACCCAGGCUGGAAAUUGUCUAUACUUGAAUGCUUUUGAAUAUUAUAUGUUUCAUUUCGCAUAUCAUUUGAUCAAUCCUACGUUACAAUUACCGGAGGAAAACACCUUGGAAUGGGAUACGGUUUAUUUACGUUUAGUCGAAACCUAUUUAGAUCAUUUUUUGCCAUGUGCGUCUUCGUUGGUGUAUCCCUUGCUGCACCAUUCUUCCAGUUCUAUGAAUUCGCAGCAUACGAUCGAGUCUAUCUCUCCGACCAGGAAUUCGGCGUCUAUAUUUCGAGAAGAUGUGUUGAAAAAGAUGAGUCCGAGUCCACCUCCUUAUACUCGAACAAAGACUUCAUCUUCGGCUGAAAUAUGGAGAAGCGAAUUAGUAGCUACGCUAUUUCUAGAUUUUUGGCUAUCCAGCGGUACUUCAGAAUCGAGAAGUACGUCUUUUUUGACUCAACGAAUGUGGAGUAUUGAUGUUCUACCAUCGAAAGAACAACUCCGAUGUGUACGUUUGUUGUUGAAACAUUUGCAUUACUUUUCCAAUUAUCUAUUACCGGAGGAUUGCGCCAUGAAUGAUUUAAAACGUGAAAUAAUUCGUAAUAAUCGACGUACGAUUUAUACGUUUUUCUCGAACGUCAUGACUCAGUUACCGUUGGACUCUUCGUUUAAAAUAUUAUUGGAGGCUUGGUUCACGUACAUUCAGCCUUGGCGGUAUACGAAUCCAUAUUCGAAAAAUAUGAAGUACAGUAAGCACGAAAACAACUUGGACAGCAAGUGGUUUACGUUUAUCGCUGAAAAUCUGGUCGUUUAUACUCAUUUAUAUUACAUCGUCCUGACGAGAUUAUCGAGAUGUGACCUGACUACGUAUAAAAUAUCCAGUAUGUCGUGUAAAUUGACCCAGAUAUUUUCCAUGUCGAGUUUACUAAAUUACAUCGAGGAAGCUGAGAACUACCUCGAAGAAGGCAGACAAGGCCAUAUCAAUACUUGGAACUCGAUCAUCAGACAGAAUAUAUACUGUGUCGAGAAAUUAGACUUUAGAUACGACGGAUUUCAUUCUCAAAGCCAUAAACAACAAGUGAUAGAAUUUGUGAAACAGAUCGAAGAUAGCAUUCCAACGUUAAAGAUUCGUAAAAAUGCAUUAUUGACCGACGAAAACGGCGGUUUUGUUAAAUGGUUCAGAGAACAAUUAUCCGGUAAUGUGAGAUGUUCUUCGGCCGAAGAGAUCCAAAGAAUAGAGUAUUAUUUGAGUCAAACUUUACAUAAUUUGUACAAUAUACACAAGAUCGAUCGUAAAGAAACCUCCACAUCCAACGUAUCGAUUUUAAAUUACAUGGGCCGAAAUCGAAACGAAAGUUGCAGUUCGUUUGGAAGUUUCGAUUCAACAGAUGGGAAUCUCUCUACGAGUUCUUCAUCUCCAUUGGCUGAUCCCAAAGAGCGAAGGAAAUCAGCGUUAUCAUUUACUUACGAAGGAGAUCCAGAUUUAUCUCCGAUUCGCAGCUGGGAAAAUAAAUUUCUAGUCCGAGUUUUAUAUUACAUUUGUUUAUGGAUAAAUACCCAAUUCAAUCGUGAUUUGAAAAGAAUGUAUUUCGAAGAUAGCAUAUCCGGUGGUAUCGCUCGCCAAAUUCUGUGUCCUCCGAAAUCGACUUAUUAUUUCGAAAAAAGAUAUACACCAGAUGGUUACUCGAGACGAGUUAAAAAUAUCCUUCCUCCUCGUAUCAGUUUCCGAUGGUGUGGCAGUUAUUACUAUUUGGGCGUAUUUUUCGUCUGUUAUUUGUUGAUAAGAAUGUUUGAUUUGUCUCCUUUCAAGUUCACUUCGGUGAUUAGUCUUUUGUACAUUUUGUAUCUCACUGCGAACUCUAUUUUUUAUCCUAUUCCUGUUCCUUCGGAUGAUGAUAAUGCCAACUCAUCGAGAUGAGAUUUUGUAAGCGUUGAAAAUGAUAUGCCUAUGUAAUUGACGGAUAUUACUUUCAUUACGGUUUGAGUAACCAAAAUAUACUUUUAUAUUCUCGUUU